AUGUGUACAACUAUUGGAUCAGGUGUUCAUUCACCAGCAGCUAUCUAUUCAUGUUUAAUUAAAAAUAAUAGCGAUGCUGAAAUUGAUGUUCGAAUUCAAUUCGCUGGUAUCGAAGAUCAUCACAUCGAAAUGGCUGAUAUUGAAAUCGGCAAAGGUGAAGAACAACGUAUUGAUGAACGUGAAUUUCAACACAGUGAAUCCGAUGCAAAAUAUCACAAAACUGUUGAAUUAGUUCUUGUUCGACGAUAUGAUGGAUCAACAAUUGAACUGAAAGCACCAUUUGAUGGUGUGACAUCACCUAAGAAAAAUUGGAUUUUUGAAAUUAACAAUGAUUCAAUUCAAUCUGUUGAUCCAAACAAGAAAUGA